GUUUGAAAUCCUAGGUCAGAGCAUAUGAUUUUCUAUGCUUGGUUCCGAAUAAACUAGAAACAUUGGUCUAAAAUAAAAUAACCUUGAUUAUGCGUGAGUUUCAUUACAUGCAAAGUAAAUUGCCGACGAUAUUUACUCAUGUAUCGCGGCGGAAAUAGUGUAAACACUUUUAUAUGAGCCCCUUCAAUUGUUUUUGUUGUAUGGUUAAGUAUAUACUCUGGCUUUGUUAUGUAAACGCCUGUGGCUGCUGUUUGCGUGUUCAUUGGCAAUGGGACACAACAAGGAAGUAAAAUAUAUCUCUGAAUAAGCUCGAUAUGAGGUUUUAAAAAUAUAAAACCCAUUUUCUGAAAAUGAUUCAUGGUACGAACAGAAUGUGCACAUAGUGUUCUCUAUGGAUAUCUAUCAACAUAGAUGAUUUAACCUGAUACGGGAAUAUUAGUUGAUUUAAUUAUUAAUUCACAAAAGCAGAUGUUUAAUUAAAUACACAAGCAUUUCAUGAAUUCAACAGAGGACUUGUUCAUAAUAAUUGGAAUCUACAAUAGGAAUAGCAAUGCAAGAGAGGAAAUGACGUUUACAUGAUGGAACAGGCCAUCGUUAUAUUUUAGGGUUUUGUGAAUGAAGAUCAUGGCGACGGCGGGUAGCUCAGAUGAUAGUGUGUUAAGCACUGGUGGCGAAUUACAUUGUGAGCCAUGCUUAAGUGAUGGACGGACACGAACUGUUGAAGGUUUUUGCAUGGAGUGUGAUGAAUAUCUGUGUCAGUCAUGUUUGGAUACGCACAGGAUACUACGUGUGACGAAAACACACCAUGUUAAAAGAGGAGAAAGCCUACCAGGAACGAAGCCAAAUAAACAAGCCCAAUAUUGCACUGAAAGCUAUUGUAAUUUCCAUACUGACAAGAAAAUAACAUAUUUCUGUCAAUCACACCAGCAAUUAUGUUGUGACCAGUGUGUAAUUUUGGGGCAUAGAAGAUGCACUGAUGUAAAGUCCAUCGAUGAUUAUUCUCAAGAGUUAAUGGAUAGCAAAGACUUUAAAACAACUGUGGGGAAACUUAAAAGUUUACAAUCCACAUACACAGCGAAAAUAAACGAUAUCAAUAGGAAGCUUGAAGACGUUGAUGUGUAUUAUCAAAACGCGAUAGAAACGUUCAAAUCUGAAGUGGACAAAAUCAAGAUGGCGGAUAUAGAGAAGUUAAAGGCUAUUAUUGCUUCGUACGAAUGCAUUCUUCGCCAACUGGCUGCAUGGUUUGAUAAUAUAGACACAUGUACAAACAACAAACAGAACAAGGAGCUCGUCGUCUUGGUGUUUGGGACAAAAAGAGAAGUAGAUGCGAUCGAAGACAAUGUUAAAAAGCUUUGCAAAGACGACAGUAUUGUCAGAUAUGGCUUUGUACAAGAUAACACAUCACUGCCACGUUUAAUCAAGGCACCCUUUCUCGUUAAGACUUUUAAUGUCAAACAUGAACGUGACGAAAACACAUGUUAUAUCGCAGACAUUGCAAUGUUAAAAGAAAACCUUAUCUUAGUCACAGACUACAUCAAUUCAAGUCUGAAGAUAUUCAAUUCUGAUACGAAUACCAUUGUUUCAUACGUUAAAUUGCAGUACCAGCCAUGGCAAAUGUCAGUUACAGAGAAAGGUGAAGUUUACGUGACACUUAAUGAUCAACCUAAAUUACUCCACCUAGUGUCUCCCGCAACAGACCUCGCCACGUUCCAGGAGAUAGACGUUGAUGGAAAAUGUUACGCCGUAGAAUGUUUUAACAAAACCCUGAACGUUUUGUGUGCGUCUCCUGCCAAAGCUCUAGAAGUAGAUGAAAAUGGAAAACUAGUAAGAAUAAUCAGCAAUGAUUUAUGUGAGGAAACAAUAGAGAAUGGAACUCAGUUUGUUUCCAAUCCACGCUGGUCAACACAAGAUCCAGAAACGGGCUCAAUGUAUGUUUCAUGCAACGUGAAAUCAUCAAUUACAGAAAUAACAAGUGACGGCCAAGUAAAGCUAUUUGUGAGGUCAGACCAGCUAGAUUCUCCUCAGGGUCUAUGUAUGGACAAUGAUGGUUCUAUCCUCGUUUGUAGAUAUCACCGCUACAACAAUAACGUGUAUAGGGUGAAGAGGAAUGGAGAUAUACAGAGUGUUUUACCGCAAUAUCUAGGCUAUAUCCCUCACGCAGUUGCUCUUGAUAAAUCUACAAAGUGGUUGUAUGUCGGAGGAGAGUCGAAUGAACUCCGUGUGUUCCAAGUCUAAACUUUGAAAUAUACGUUAGUAGUGUACAUGCACUUGUUAUUUUUCAAAUUACUUCAAAUAACGCUAUAGAAGAAUUAUAUGGUAAAUUACAAUUAAUAUAACAUUUAUAGAAUAUAUCACUUUAUAAAGUAAACCUGACAUUAUAUCUUAGGAAUUUGUUUGGAUAUAUGACUUUUGUCCAUAUUAAAUAAAUUG